AUGGCAAGCUCAAGUCCUUCAAAGGCGACCCUAUCAGCUCUUCCGGUAGAGCUGGUUGACAGAAUCUUCUGGCUCGUCGACAAACCGGAUCUAGUCAAUCUACGCUUCGUUUCCAAGUCUAUCUGCGCCAUUGCCAACAGACCAUUUGCCGUCCGCAACUUCACCCAUAGCCAUCAAGUCAUAACCAAACACAGUAUGAAGACUCUCCUCGCAGUUAGUGCACACAAAGUCUUUGGCGCUUACAUCAAAUCCAUCAUGAUCAGCCCUGCCUGUAGAAUAAUAAAACACAUUCGUCCCGAUGAUAUCGAAGAGGAGAAUACUGUCGUGGACGACUCAUUGAUCGAAUCUGGCAGGUUUGGUAAGAUGGUGCAUCGGAUCUUUGUCAAUCUCAGGCAGCAUUCUGCCUCAAUCCGCCUCGGCGUCCUUGAGGAUAUCUACCUUGGAUGCAACUAUCGCCUUGCGAGCCAACAUACAAGACGAUGUCAUGGCAGGAAUGCCCUGCAAGUGACUAGCCCCCGUGGGAUCUCUUUCAGAACAUCUGAGACUCUCGAACUCGUCAUCGCAGCGAUGCAGGUGGCUGGACUCAAUAUCGGUGGCCUCAACAUCGAGCUGUCCCUGGACACGCGCGAGAACCCGAAGUGCAGAACGAACGAAACCAUCGAGUCAAAUCACGCAACUCACCCAUGGAUUUAG